UCGUUGGAAGUUGUUUUGACAUUUCGCAGUACUUUGAACAUUUAUUUCGACAUGGAUACAUUAUAUGCUAUCUGUUUUGUAGGAUUUCUUUUUUAUCGAAAGGAAACAAUAUUCCUCACGCACAAAAGCGUUUCGUUUGAUUGUUUUUGAACUGUUUUGUUUGAAUAUGUUUAGUGUAACUCGUAAAAAUCGCUACUUGUUCAAGAAACCAAUUUUUUUACAGAUCAUGCUUCCCGAAGAUAUUUCAUCCUAUCCGACAUGAAGACGAAAAAAUAUACGGCCCUUAAAGACAUUAAAAGUUGUAAAUUCAAUUUAUGUACAUAACGGGGCCGACAUUGCGUGACGUCAUAUUGCGCGACACUCCCUAUUGUGAAACAAAAUGGCGUCCUACUGUUUCACCGUCACUCGUUUGCGGCAGGCCCUUGGAACUGGCAUAAGGCGAGUUCAUGUCUCAGCUGCUCUCAGUGCCAAGGCCAAAGUGGCAAUGAGCCGCUUUGAGCCUGGUUCCAGCGUUGACUAUGGGCAGAUGCACCAGAAAAUUAACAUCGUGCGUAAAAGACUCAACAGACCUCUCACUCUGUCUGAGAAGAUUGUGUACGGUCAUCUGGAUGAUCCGGCAGGCCAGGAGAUCGAGCGCGGUCGCACAUACUUGCGCUUGCGCCCGGACCGCGUGGCUAUGCAGGAUGCUACAGCUCAAAUGGCCAUGCUUCAGUUCAUCAGCAGUGGUCUACCCAAGGUGGCGGUACCAUCCACAAUUCACUGUGAUCAUCUGAUUGAGGCUCAGAUCGGAGGGGCUCAGGACCUGCAGAGGGCUAAGGAAGUGAACCAGGAAGUGUAUAAUUUCCUUGCAAGUGCUGGUGCCAAAUAUGGAGUUGGCUUCUGGAAACCUGGAUCAGGGAUUAUCCAUCAGAUCAUUUUGGAGAACUACGCGUAUCCUGGGGUGAUGCUGAUUGGUACAGACUCACAUACUCCCAAUGGCGGUGGUUUAGGUAGCAUCUGUAUUGGAGUUGGUGGAGCUGAUGCUGUUGAUGUCAUGGCCGGAAUCCCUUGGGAGCUAAAAUGUCCGAAAGUGAUUGGAGUAAAGCUAACAGGCUCCCUAUCUGGCUGGACAUCUCCAAAGGAUGUCAUUUUGAAGGUGGCUGGAAUAUUAACUGUAAAAGGUGGCACAGGUGCCAUUGUAGAGUAUCAUGGGCCUGGAGUUGACUCAAUCUCUUGUACAGGAAUGGCCACCAUCUGUAACAUGGGUGCCGAGAUUGGAGCUACUACAUCCCUUUUCCCCUACAACCAUCGCAUGAAGACUUAUCUUGAGAAAACGGGUCGAGCAGAUAUUGCUUCACUAGCUGAUGAAUUUAAAGGUGACUUGGUUCCUGAUAAUGGUUGUGAAUACGACCAGACCAUUGAGAUUAACCUAAGCGAGUUGAAGCCACACAUCAACGGGCCUUUCACCCCCGACUUAGCCCACCCCGUGUCCGACAUUGGUGCCAUUGCUCAGAAGAGUGGCUGGCCCCUGGAGGUUAAAGUUGGUCUGAUUGGUAGCUGCACAAACUCCAGCUAUGAGGACAUGGGCAGAGCUGCUUCUCUUGCCAAGCAGGCCUUGGAUAGAGGCAUGAAGUGCAAGGCCCAGUUCACUGUCACCCCCGGUUCAGAACAGAUUCGUGCCACGAUUGAGAGGGACGGAUAUGCAAAGAUCCUGAGUGAUGUUGGUGGGAUUGUAUUAGCCAAUGCAUGUGGACCAUGUAUUGGUCAAUGGGACAGGAAGGAUGUGAAAAAAGGAGAGAAGAACACCAUUGUCACGUCCUUCAACAGGAAUUUCACCGCUCGCAAUGAUGCUAAUCCAGCUACUCAUGCUUUUGUCACCUCUCCCGAGAUUGUCACUGCCCUGGCUCUCGCUGGUACUCUCAACUUCAACCCCGAGACGGAUUACUUGACUGCUCCGAAUGGUGAUAAAUUUAAACUAGAACCCCCCACUGGUGAUGAGCUCCCCUCCAGAGAUUUUGACCCUGGCCAAGACACCUACCAGCAUCCCCCUGCUGAUGGCAGCUCUGUUGAGGUGGAUGUAAACCCCUCCAGCAACCGUCUGCAGCUACUGGAGCCCUUCGACAAGUGGCUUGGAAGCGACCUGGAAGAAAUGAAGGUCCUCAUAAAGGUGAAGGGAAAGUGCACCACUGAUCACAUCAGCGCUGCCGGGCCCUGGCUGAAAUUCCGGGGUCACCUUGACAACAUCUCCAACAACAUGCUGAUCGGUGCUGUUAACACAGAGAACGAUGCCGUCAACAAAGUCAAGAACCAUAUUACCGGAGAGUAUGAUGGCGUGCCGGAUGUGGCUCGUCACUAUAAGGCGAAUGGAAUCAACUGGGUGGUAGUUGGAGACGAAAACUACGGCGAAGGAUCCAGCAGAGAGCAUGCUGCACUCGAGCCUCGGCACUUGGGAGGACGCGCCAUCAUUGUCAAAAGCUUUGCCCGAAUCCACGAAACUAACCUGAAGAAGCAGGGCCUGCUGCCACUAACUUUCGCUAACGCUAGCGACUACGACAAAAUUCGCCCUGAUGACCACAUUUCAAUCACAGGCCUAAAAUCAUUUGCCCCUGGCAAGCCACUGACAGCGGUGAUCAAACAUAGCGAUGGCAGCCAGGAGUCCAUCUCCCUGAACCACACGUUCAACGACACGCAGAUUGAGUGGUUCAAAGCCGGAUCUGCCCUCAACAGGAUGAAGGAGCUCCAGUAAUUGACUGAGGGAAGUGAUGAAAGGUUUAUUCUAGCCAGAAGGGGGCCUCGGCAUGCGUGAAAAAGGCAAGGAAUGUAAGCUUAGUGGAGGAAGAGACCUUGUGAACUCUACUAAUGGUCGAGGUACACUUUUAGUCCUUUUUUGGUAAAAACCACAUGCACACACACAAGGUCGCUGGACAGAUGAAAAGCGCACACAGCCACAUAGUAAAUUGCACAAUGCAGAGUCAAACAAAAUAAGCACAGGCAACUUUGUGUGAGUAGGUAAGCAAAUAAUCUGUGGCGGGUUAGUGUCAUACGACUUAUGCUUACUCCUUUUUAUAUCACACACACUGUUUGCGUAUGGCUUUAGCGCACAUGACCCUGCAGAGUUUUAUACACUGGCGUGUUUUCGAGAUGUUUUUUUUAAUCAUAAAAAAAUUAUGAUGAUACACUGUGGAAUCUGUGGAAACAAACCGCUGUCAGUCCCUGACUUUGUUAAGGUUAAUAUCCUACAAAUUACAAUAAACUAUAGUUAUAACUAUGAGCGAAUUUGGAAAAACAUCUAUUUUCCAUUCACAGACUAUGAAAGCGGAGUGUGAUUCAGUCCACACUCCUCCAUGUGAAAUAUUUUAGAUGUUUGUAGUUAUUAACUUUGAUGUCUGCAGAAGGCUUUCCUCCUCCAAAACAUACAUGCUGCUUUUGUGAGAUUAACUUGCCUUUGUGUGUUCAUAAAUUUAGGCAUUUAUGAAAUCUGCCGCAAGAACAUUUUUGGUAGCUAAAUGGAUCAACACUGGCAUACUACGCUAAUCACCUUGCAUACCUGCCUGGUUUGGCUUUCUCGAACACUUUCUGAAAACACACAAUCUAUUCUGAUGGUAUCCAAAUGCUAAUACACUUGCACUUUGUUUCUGAUUCAUUUGUUUUUGAUUGUGUAUCCUUAGCAGGUGUCUAAUCGCCAGAAAUACAUCUGUGUUAUGAGUUAUUGUUUUGGACCUAAUAAAUCAUGAAAUUAGUUUUCAUACACUAAUUCGCCAAGAAAGUAAUUAUUUCGGUUAUCCCAUUAUGUGCUGUAGAGAAAUUGUGAGUGUAUUUCUGUUUGUUUUGUCAUUCUAUCAUCCAGAUUUAUUUUUUAAUAUAAUGAACGUUCCAUACAUGUGCUUAAAUGUCACAGUUUAGUGCGAUGUGCGAUAUUACUGCACUAUGUAUAAUAGUCUGUACAUACAGUAAAUAUUCAUAAGUUACUGUCUGCUAUCUGUCGAUAAGAGAGCUGCACCUCUUUAUAAGUUAACACAUAGUUAUACAAAUUUGGUUAAAUACUAAAUAUUUGAGUUUGUUACUGACUGAUAUGUAGCAGUUAAUAAACCCAAGUGUGAAAAAAUUUGGGAAUUCUUCGGACAAAUUGUAAUACACAAUUUCAACUUUUUCUAUCCUGCAGCAAGGUGAUGCAAUGUUGUUUAUGAGUUGUAUAUCAGUGAAGUCGGCGUGUUGUCAAAUAUUACUUGGCAGAUUCACUUGUGUCCUUUUGAAAAAAAAAAAAGAAUCAAAUGAGGACAAAUGGUAAUACGGUUACUCUCUUAACUCUUCAUGUUAAAACUAAAUCAGCUUUUGUAGCUAAUGAAACGUAUGCCAUUUUAUAGUGUGAAAUAUAUUCAAUGCUUCUAGCUACUGAAUUAAAAAUAAUCCAAUUAA